AUCUGUAGGAGACUGAUAUCAGUCACUUUCUCUUUUUUUCACUGUCCUUGCAGUUACUACCAGUCCUGCUCCAGCACACACACCUCAAACAAAUGCUCUUCUUCUUCCUCUUUCUUCAUUUUCAGUUCUUGCAGUUUCUCUAACAAGAUGAAACCAGACCCAUUAAUUUCAGCACUUGUAUUAUUUUUCCUCAGCUUAAAAAGCCUAUCUUUUUCAUACCCAACUCCACUAAAUUGCACAGAAGCAAGCAGACUAUGCACAUCAUUUCUAGCCUUCAAGCCAACCCCAAAUCAAACAUUUGCAGUCAUUCAAAGCAUGUUUGAUGUAUUGCCACAAGACAUUUAUGCUGAAGACAAUGAUAAAGAUUAUGUUUUUAUCAAAAAGAACUGUUCUUGUGCUUCAAAUGUGAAGAAGUACUUGACAAACACUACUUUCACUGUCAGGAAAAAUGGGGGAUCUGUGUAUGAUAUGGUGAUUGAUGAGUAUGGUGGGCUAGGCAUUUUCUCAAACAGUAGGCGUGCAGCAAGAAUGGGGUCUGUCGUGUCAUUACAAUUGAUGUGUGGGUGUUCAAGUGGGUUGUGGAAUUACUUGAUGAGUUAUGUGAUGAAAGAUGGGGAUAGUGUUCAAUCUUUGGCUAGUAGGUUUGGUGUUAGUAUGGACAGUAUUGAAAAUGUUAAUAGAAUUCUUGAUCCUAGCAAUGUUACUGUUGGUGAUUUGUAUUAUAUUCCUCUUAAUUCAGUUCCAGGAAAACCAUAUCAUUUGGAAAAUGAAAUUCCUCCUGCUCCAGUUCCAGCACCGGCAGCAGACAAUUUUCCAGUGGUUGUAGAACAUCAUCACAAGGCUAGUGUGCCAUAUGGAUGGAUAAUGGGGAGUUUGGGAGUUGGACUUGCAGUGAUUGUUGUCGUAGUACUGCUUUUUGUUUCCUUAAGUCAUGCAAAGGAUCAAGAUGAAAAGAGUUCUCAUAAAUUUCAAAUUCUUCGGAGCAGAAGUUUCUGCUGUGGUUCAGGGAGAUAUCUCUGCUGCAAACCUGGCGAUAUAAAGCACUCCCCGGGGGAAUCUAGUGACCGGAAGAUAAACAUUCCUAAAGUUAUAGGAACUGAUGUUUUUGACAUGGAGAAGCCCGUGGUUUUUACAUUUGAAGAAAUCGUGUCUUGUACGGAGGGUUUUUCUGAUUCCAAUCUACUUGGACACGGAACAUACGGCUCUGUCUAUUAUGGCCUCCUUCGCGAUCAGGAAGUUGCAAUUAAAAGAAUGACGGAAAUGAAAACCAAAGAGUUUAUGUCAGAGAUGAAAGUUUUGUGCAAGGUUCAUCAUACAAAUCUGGUAGAAUUGAUUGGUUAUGCUGCUAGCAUUGAUGAACUCUUUCUAAUAUACGAAUAUGCACAAAAGGGCUCCCUGAAAAGCCAUUUGCAUGACCCUCAAAACAAGGGUCAUACUUCACUAUCCUGGAUCACAAGACUUCAAAUUGUACUUGAUACUGCAAGGGGUCUGGAAUAUAUACAUGAGCAUACUAAGCCUCAUUAUGUGCAUCGAGAUAUCAAGACAAGUAACAUUUUACUUGAUGGUGCAUUUAGGGCUAAGAUAUCAGAUUUUGGGUUGGCAAAACUUGUUGGAAGAACCAAUGAUGGUGAAGAAUCAACAACAAGAGUUGUUGGAACUUUUGGUUACCUGGCUCCCGAAUAUCUGAGGGAUGGCUUGGCCACAAGUAAAAGCGAUGUGUACGCAUUUGGGGUUGUUCUAUUUGAGGUUAUAUCAGGGAAGGAGGCCAUUACCCGAACCGAGGGCAGUGUGGUAAAAAAUUCUGAAAGACGAUCCCUUGUGUCCAUUAUGCUGGCAGCUCUUCGGAAUUCACCUGACUUCACGAGUAUGUCUAGCUUGAAAGAUCAUGUUGACCCUAAUCUGAUGGAUUUGUAUCCCCAUGACUGCCUUUUCAAGGUGGCUACACUGGCAAAACGAUGUGUGGACGAUGAUCCCAUACUGCGUCCAGAUAUGAAGCAGGCUGUGAUGUCACUCUCACAAAUACUGCUGUCUUCAGUGGAAUGGGAAGCAACUCUUGCCGGGAACAGCCAAGUAUUUAGUGGGCUCGUUCAAGGAAGAUAGGUCAUUGAGCUUCAAUAUUUUGACAGUCCCACGUCUAUAUAGUUGUUUGUGUGUAUAGAGUAUCUUAUAUGGAACAUUGCAGGUGUAAAAUAUCAAUUGUUGUUUUUGACCUCUGAUCAAUUAGGUUAUUCUCUUCACGUUCAUGUCAAAUGAAUCACUGGGGCCGAGCUCCGGUUCAUCAUAUCCUUGUAUAUUACUAUCGAACAAGUCACUUCAUCAAUAUUCUUAGGGUCAAUUUCAAGCCAA